AUGGCGAGAGCAUGGGGAAACAUCAAGCAAAUAACAAGAACCAACAGGCCAAUGCUCAAGUUGAGGGUGGGCGGUCGAAUUACUGGGAUAGUAAGAGCAAUCAACAUCCCAACUUUCAAGGAUGAAUUCGAAGAAGGUGCUGUCUAUGCAUUUCGAAACUAUCAAGUUGAGAGUAACAUCGGAAUAUAUAGAUCUACCAUUGCCCAAUACAGACUUAUACUACAUGGUAGAACAGAACACAUAAGCUACAAGGGUGACUUUUCAAUUUUUCGUUUUGAUUUUCGAAGGUUCAUCACAUUGAUUGAUAUCGAGAAAAUUGACGAAUCAAUGCUAUUUGAUGUCCUUGGAAUGGUGGUCGAGAUAAAUCCCGUUCAAAUGAAGAACGUCAAAGGAGUACAAACUCGCAUGAUAGCAUUCUCACUAAUGGAUCCAGAGGGAAACGUUCUGCCCUGCACUCUAUGGGGGACAUAUGUUGAUCAAUUCCUCAACUAUGAGAAUCAGCUUGCCCACAAUGGCAAUCCUUGGCCUUUGAUAAUUCAAUUAGCGCAUUUAAGAGAAUGGGAUGAAAAAGUGCAAGUUACAUCAUCAAAGGAUAUCACAAGGCUAAUUACUGGACAAAAUAUUCCAGACAUUGUGGAAUUUGUCAACAGGGCUGCUGCCGGCCCACUUUCAAGGGCCCGCUUAAUUUCAAAGAGUGCUAUAAUUGUGAAAUCUGAACUUCAAGAGUUGGCGGAUGGUGAUGUUGUUGUGAGUGCUGUUGACUCACUAUUUGCUACUGCCGAGGAAACCGAUGUUUGGAUAUGUGCUACCGUGGAGUCAAUUAUAGAUGAGUGGUGGUACCACUCAUGCAGAAGAUGCACAAGCAAAAUG